CUGUGAUGCACUUUUGGAGACGCUAAGUCAGCCGUGCGCAGCGAUACGCUGUAGGCGUCGUGGUGCUCGGACUACGCUGUCUGACGGUCUCGACAACGCGCUGCCGCAGUCGUGCAAAACGCGGCUCCAGCUGGACUAGCAGAUGAGGAGGACAGCAGUGAUGCUGCUGGCAGCAAGGCGGUGCGCGGCGCUCCGACCGGUCGCGCGCCGGCUGACCGUGCCGAAAGCGGCCGCCACCGAAGCACCGGAAGUUGUGGCGGAUGAGGAUAAAUACCGCGGCACCGUUUUGCUCCCGGACACGUCGUUCCCGCAGAGAGCAGGAGCCGUCAAGACGGAACCGAAGAUCCAAAAAUUUUGGACCGACACGAACAUCUACGAGAAGCUCUGGGAGAAAGGCGGUACGGCAUUCACGCUGCACGACGGCCCGCCGUACGCGAACGGCGACCUGCACAUCGGCCACGCGCUCAACAAAAUCCUCAAGGACUUUAUUAAUCGCAGUCGCAUGUUGAGAGGAGAUAAGGUCCGAUAUGUGCCGGGCUGGGACUGCCACGGCCUGCCCAUCGAGCUCAAAGUUUUACAGCAAAUUAACGACAAAAACAAAAAAAUAAAAAAGAAGACGGGCGAGAUGCCGCCGCCGCUCACACCUCUACAGUUAAGAGAACGAGCCGCCCAAUUCGCCCAGGAGACCGUCGAAUCGCAAAGGGAGUCAUUCAAGAGGUAUGGCGUCUGGGCCGAUUGGGACCAGCCUUACUUGACCUUGCAGCCGGCAUAUGAAGCAGCUCAAUUGCGGGUCUUCGCGGCGAUGUUCAAGCGCGGGUCCAUUUAUCGAGGCCUGAAGCCCGUCUGGUACUCGCCGUCCAGUCGCACUGCCUUGGCCGAGGCUGAAUUAGAAUAUCCUGAUGGUACUUGUUGCCGGCGUCCCUUUUUGACAAGGUCGCGGCGAUGGCGUCGGCGUGGCCGUCCGAGAGUCUACGCGUCUCACGCGUCGCGCGAACGCAGGCCACACGUCGCCCUCCGUCUACGCGGCGCUCGACGUCACUUCCAAGAGUGAAGCAUUGCAAAAGCUCACUAGUGAUCCAGUGCAACUCGCGGUCUGGACGACGACGCCCUGGACCCUGCCCGCGAAUUUAGCUGUUGCUGUCAAUGGUGAUUUGACGUAUGCCGUAGUUGAUUCUGGUGAACGAAAGCUCAUCGUCGCCGAAGAUUUGGUGGACGAACUAGCGGCGAAGUUCGACACUCCAUUAAAUGUGAUUGGCUUGUUGAAGGGCGAGGCGCUCGUUGGGACUACUUAUAGCAGACCAGUACCAAAUAACGCGAUCCCAGGAGACGCGUCCGUCGUUUUGGGGGGAGACUACAUCACGUCCGAGGGCGGCACUGGUUUAGUCCACACCGCACCAGGACACGGCCAGGACGACUACCAGACCGGUCUGAAAUAUGACUUGCCUCCCUUCAGUCCUGUGGACGCUGCGGGCAAAUUUACGAGUGAAGCCGGUGCUGACUUGGAGGGCCUACCCGUACUAACGAAGGGGUCGGAGGAAAUCACGGAGCGCUUAGGCGACAAGGUUUUAUUGUCAGAACCAUAUGAACACAGAUACCCCUACGACUGGAGGACCAAAAAACCGGUGCUGAUGAGAGCGACGGACCAGUGGUUCGCUUCUGUUGAUAGCUUCCGAGAAGACGCUCUGAGAGCCAUCAAUGAAGUAGAGUGGACCCCAUCGGUAGGUAAAAAUAGAAUUAGCGCGAUGACGGAGCUGCGCGGCGACUGGUGUAUUUCUAGACAAAGAUCCUGGGGCGUACCUUUACCUGUAUUCUAUCAUAAGGAGACGGGCGAGCCCUUAGUUACGGAUGAGACCUUGGAUAGGAUCGUAUCACUCGUCGAAGAAAGGGGUACGAACGUCUGGUUCGAGCUCGAGGUAGACGAGUUACUACCUGAUACGAUAUCAAAUAAGGGCGACUACGUCAAGGGCACGGACACGAUGGACGUCUGGUUCGACUCCGGGACGUCCUGGGCCGGUGUUGUUGGUCAGAGAUCCGAGCUCGGGAAGAGCGACGACGAACCGGCCGACUUGUACCUCGAAGGGAGCGACCAGCAUCGGGGCUGGUUCCAGUCUUCACUACUCACAUCCGUAGCGUGCAGAAAUAAAGCGCCCUAUUCUUCCGUAUUGACCCAUGGUUUUGUACUGGACGAAAAAGGGUUCAAGAUGAGCAAGUCCCUAGGCAAUGUGGUGGAUCCGAAACUAGUGAUCGAAGGAGGCAACAACCUGAAGAAGGAGCCGGCGUAUGGGGCCGACGUUUUGAGGCUGUGGGUCGCCACGGUAGACUACUCGUCGGAUGUCCGCAUCGGGCCGAACGCCAUCAAGCAGGUGUUUGAGCAGUACCGGAAGUUGCGCAAUACGUUGAGGUAUAUGGUCGGCAACGUCGCUGAUGUUCCGAAAGAAGGUAGUGCUGAUUUUGCUGCCUACGACGCCUCUGCUCAGUACGAUACACUACCAUCGCUAGACAAGUGGUUACUGGGACGGUUGAACGCCCUCGAAGUAGAAUGCUACGACGCCUACGACCAGUACCAGUUCCAGCGGGCUGUUAAUGCCCUAUCUGCGUUCGCUACCAACGAAUUGUCCGCGUUAUACCUCGACGUCGCGAAGGAUCGGCUCUACGUCAGUCCGCAGCACUCGGCGCGGCGGCGGUCGUGCCAGAGCGUCUUGAUCGCUUGUUUGAAUACUCUACCAAGAUUAUUAGCUCCUCUAUUGCCGCACCUCGCCGAGGAGCUCUGGCAGGCGUUACCUUACAAAGCCGGCGACGCGUUUUCUAGCGAGAGAGGCUCGGUCUUCGACCUCGCGGAGCCGUGGACGCGGGGUUCCUUGGCGCCCUUCCAAGCCCACGACGAGGCCAAGUGGGACGCGCGGCGGCAAUUGCGCGAUGACGCCAAUCGGGCCCUCGAGGCGGCGCGCCGCGACAAGCUCGUGGGCGCUUCGUUGGAUGCGAAGGUCGUCGUGGCCCCUCCAGCUGACGCAGAGAAGCGCGCGGCAUUCGACGCGUCGCUCGCGGGCCUCGCGGACACGUCUCAGGUCAUCGCGCCGCACGGCAAGGACGUCGCCGACGCGGUCGACGACCUGCGGUUUCUGUUUCUGGUGUCCGACGUGGAGGUCGUCGCCGAUAGCAACGCCGUCUGCGGCGUCUGCGCCGACCAGCACGUCGUCGCGGCCGCGGACUCGUUCACGGGCGCGACGGUCGGGGUCGUCGAGGCGUCGACGGCUCGCUGCGCGCGGUGCUGGUACCACGAUAGCACCGUGGGGUCUCUCGCAAACCACCCGGCGCUCUGCGCGCGCUGCGGCGACGCCGUCGGCGACGAUGUGUGAGGUAGUCGCUGGGUAACAAUCUUAGCACAA